AGUUUGUCAUAAGUUAUCGCUUGUUAUUCCACCAGUCGUACUAUAGAGUAUAGGGCGCGUACAAACUCAGGGUUGUCAUAACACCAUGGCCUGUCAUAACACCAUGGCCUGAGGCAGACUCGGGGCACCAAUACUAACUAGAUCAAUAGUCGAUGUACUGCGAAUCAGCGAUAUAGCUCCGGCAUUGUGGCCGGCCAAGAUCUUACAUAUAACCGCCGAUGCGAGCAAGGAAUACGCUGGCUAACCACCGUCGUCCAGCCAUCCUGCAUGUCAGAACUACGCUGUGAAGUGCAGCAGCUUUAUCGCAAGCGAUAUGCUGGUCGAGGACCUCCUGGGAUGAGAGAUAUGAAGACAAGAGAUGAGAACCAAAGAACGAUCACCAGCUAUACAUCGUACAACCGUGCUCGCCACAGCUUAGACGUACGUUCCGUAUGCGCAUCUCGGCGAGCCUCCGCCACGAUUCUCGUCAACACGCAAGAGCUUGUAAUGAGUGUAUCGAUGACCAUGCGCACUGAGAUCAGUGAGACUUCCCGGCUAUGCUCGCGUUCGGUGGCGUCCCUAUAUCAUCUUUCAAAGGCAAAAAAUAACAGACCUAUGAGAUGGCUUUUUCCUACGAUACAUCGCAGCUCCUCGCGCCCACCGCAGUCAUAUUAUCUCGCGCUAGCGUACUCUUGUACCCCGCAUGGAAUCCGCUGCAUUGGAUCCAUCCUGACGUCCCUCAUCGGCUGCAAGAGAUGCUCGUUAUAGCAAAUCUCCAAGUGCGCCCAUCUCAGGGGAGGCCUCCUCUGUAGAUGAUAGUGACCGCCAUCAGAAUACCCGUCCCACUGCCGAUGGCUCCCAUGAGAUCCG